AAUGCGGGUUUUCUCUUUGAACCCAGAAGAUUAUGGGUCAAGAGCUGUGUGCAAAGACUCUACAGCCUGGCUGCAGCUGCUAUCCCGGUUCGGAGGGAGGCGAGGCACGCAGCCGUCGGAGAAGUCCGCCUGGGACCACGGAAGCUACGUUCCAGCUAACAGACCUAAGAGAAGCAUCAUGUUCUAUGACUUCAUUUCACCCCAGGGGACUUCAGACUGUUCGUGCCCGGAAGUUCAAGAGUAAAAGGCCACGGAGUAACAGCGAUUCUUUUCAGGAAGAGGAUCUGAGGCAGGGUUUUCAGUGGAGAAAGAGCCUCCCUUUUGGGGCAGCAUCGUCUUAUUUGAACUUGGAGAAACUGGGUGAAGGUUCUUAUGCUACAGUUUACAAGGGAAUUAGCAGGAUAAACGGACAACUGGUGGCCCUGAAAGUCAUCAGCAUGAAUGCAGAGGAAGGAGUACCAUUUACAGCUAUCCGGGAAGCUUCUCUCCUAAAGGGUUUGAAACAUGCCAAUAUUGUGCUCCUGCAUGACAUAAUCCACACCAAAGAGACACUGACAUUCGUUUUCGAAUACAUGCACACAGACCUGGCCCAGUACAUGUCACAGCACCCGGGAGGACUUCACCCUCACAAUGUCAGGCUUUUCAUGUUUCAACUUUUGCGGGGCCUGGCGUACAUCCACCACCAACAUGUUCUUCACAGGGACCUGAAACCUCAGAACUUACUCAUCAGUCACCUGGGAGAGCUCAAACUGGCUGAUUUUGGUCUUGCUCGGGCUAAGUCCAUUCCCAGCCAGACAUACUCUUCGGAAGUCGUGACCCUGUGGUACCGCCCUCCUGAUGCCUUGCUGGGAGCCACUGAAUAUUCUUCAGAGCUGGAUAUAUGGGGUGCUGGCUGCAUCUUUAUUGAAAUGUUCCAGGGCCAACCUUUGUUUCCUGGGGUUUCCAACAUCCUUGAACAGCUGGAGAAGAUCUGGGAGGUAUUGGGAGUCCCUACAGAGGAUACCUGGCCCGGAAUCUCUAAGCUACCCAACUACAAUCCAGAAUGGUUCCUGCUGCCUAAGACCCAAAGCCUUCAGAUGGUCUGGAACAGGUUGGGCAAGCUUCCUGAAGCUGAAGACCUGGCCUCCCAGAUGCUGAAAGGCUUUCCUCGAGACCGGGUCUCUGCCCAAGAGGCACUUGUUCAUGAUUAUUUCAGUGCCUUGCCAUCCCAGCUGCACCAGCUUCCUGAUGAGGAGUCUUUGUUUACAGUUUCAGGAAUAAGGCUAAAGCCAGAAAUUUGUGACCUUUUAGCCUCCUACCAGAAAGGUGAGCGCCCAGCCCGGUUUAGCAAAUGCUGGUGAAAAGAAAGGGCAAGAUCACCAGGAUCCUUCCAGGACUAAAUCCCUGCUGCUUCACCUUUCAUUUGCUCCAACUUACUAAGAAGCUUGAUAUCUAACUCCACGCUCGACCAAGGAUUUUCUACUCUCACCUGUGGCCUAGAAUAUUUUGAACUCGAUAUUCAAGACAAUGGUACAUAAUACUUGAAGAAAAAGCAGUGGAAGGUUAUUGCUGUUGUCAUUUGCCUAGAUUUUAGCAUUUUGGAUCUGUGAUUGGUUCAAAAAUUAGGCAUAGACUGAGAUAGUCUGAGAACAGAUCUUCUGGAUAAUUUCUUCUAUUUUGUCAUUUGAUAGAGAGACCCCUGGGUCAGAAGAUCAGUUUCCUAAGAGGAUAUAUUUUAGUUUCCCGGCUGCUAAAACAAAUACCAUAAAAUGGGUUGGCUUCAUGACAGGAAUUUAUUGGUCCGUGGUUUAGAGGCUAGAAGGCUUCUUCCUCCUGUAGACAGUAUCUUCCAGCUGCCGACGAUCUUCGUAGUUCCUAGGCUUUUCUCUCCUGUGGCUUCUCUUUCCUUCUGUCAGAAUUUCAUUCUGCUCAGAAAAGACUCCAGUAAUCCAGAUUAAAGCCGAAUCUGAUUAAAUGAUGCCACACCUUAAUUGAAGCACCAUCUUCAGGAGCUCCUGUUUACAACCUGCCUUUUGUAGGGGACAAGACUCAAUCCCCAAUAGGGCAGGUGGGAGACUGACAACUGAAAAAAUUUGGAGACAGAGCUGGUGCUUGUGGAGGUCUGUCACUCCUGGGUUCAUUUACAGUUUUCCCCAACAAAAGGACUUCUGUGGCAAGGAGAGGAUUAAUUUAAAGUUUAGAAAAGACUCCAGGGAGAAUGGUUUCUUGGAUAAAGUUGUCAACAACAGGACUUGCUUAAGACUAAUUGCCGGGAUUUCCUGGGAGGCUCUUCUCCCAUCCCUGACAGGAUUAUUAGAACCCUGGUUACACCCCCACUCCACCCCAGCCGGUUUUUAGAUCUGCUCUGCCAUUUAGAAUUGAAUUUCAGCCUAUCUCCUCAUACCGAAUCCUGAUUGUGAUGAUGGCAGAAGUGAUGAGGAAUCUAAACCCUGAUUUGAUGGUGGAGAUACUGAAUAGAUAGGAGCAAAGAUGUAAUUCAAACCCUG